AUGGCGCCCCAGCAGGCCAAAUUGGGCAACUUCUUCGGACAUCAAAACGGGAUCAAGGCAGCACCGCAACAAGCCAAGCUCAAGUUCUCGUCGAAAACAGCCGGAGAGAAAAACGAAGACAAUGGGGCUGAAGCAUCGCCCGGCGCGGACGAGCCUGCAACCGCCAACGGCACAAACGGAGUCAAGAAGGAGGAAGAUGUCAAGAUGGAAGAUGCCGCGCCUGUGAAGAAAGAGGAGCUGGACGAUUCUACGCAGAUCGAGCCCGAACCUGAUACUGGCGGCUCGUCGAAGAAACGUCCAGCUUCUGCUAGCAGCGGAGACGGUAUUGCUGCAGAUGAGGAUGGUGAGGAGCCCCCUACGAAGAAACAACGUGGCCGGCCGAAGAAAGGUGUCGCGGUCAAGAAGACAGGCAAGGAGAAGGUGAAGGCAGAGCCACUUGAGGAUUCUGCUUCCGAGGACGAAGAUGCUGCAUCGUCGGCAGAGCCACAAGCGAAGGGACGAGCUGAUGCCGUAAAGAAGAAUGCGGGGCCGGUCUCCAGUGACGAGGAUGAUCGACCAUUGAAAAAGAAGCCCAAGGAAAAGCAAACAGCGAAAGCCGAUCAGAAAAGCAAGGCACCGGCAAAAGAGGCUGCUCGAGAAGUCAAAGAGGUCGAAGAGGACAAGGAGGCAGAGAAGAUGAGCGCAUCUGAAGUUGAAGAGGAAUUGUCCGAGGAUGACGAGGAAGAUGAGGAGGAAGAGAAGCCGGAGGCAGCGAAGAAGGUCCGGGAGAAGGUCCAGACUACCUUGAAGUCAAGUGCGAAAGAUCCAUAUCCGGACUGGAAGGCUGGCGACCCCGUCCCAUACGCGGCCCUCUGUACGACCUUCUCCAAGAUCGAGCUCACAACGAAACGUCUGGAGAUCCUCGCGCAUUGCUCCUUGUUCCUGAGGCAAGUCCUUCGUCUGACACCUGAGGAUCUACUACCUGUGGUGCUGCUUAUGAUCGGCAAGCUCGCUGCAGACUAUGCCGGCGUCGAACUCGGCAUUGGCGAGUCUCUGAUCAUGAAGGCCAUCGGCGAGACUACUGGCCGUGCUCUAAAAGUUGUCAAGGAGGACCAGCAGAAGAUCGGUGAUCUUGGGCUUGUCGCGGCCAAGAGUAGAUCGAACCAGCCUACGAUGUUCAAGCCCAAGCCGUUGACUGUCCGCCGUGUCCACGAGGGCCUCAUGAAGAUUGCCACAAUCGAAGGCCAAGGUUCGCAGCAAAGGAAAGUUGAUGGGAUCAAGAAGCUGCUGUCGUCAGCUGAUGCUACCCUUGCCAAAGGCCAGAGCGUGGACAUCACACAAGACAAAGGCGGACCGAGUGAGGCAAAGUUCAUCAUUCGUGCUCUUGAAGGAAAGAUGAGACUGGGUCUUGCAGACAAGAACCUCCAGGUUGCUUUGGCACAUGCGAUGACCGUCCACGACGCCUCAAAGGAUGGCAAGGAGGUCCCGAGUGAGGCUGAACUCAAGAAGGGCGAAGAGACGUUCAAAGCAGUCUACAAUGAGCUGCCGAGCUACGAAGUCAUCGUCCCUACACUGUUGAAAGGGGGCAUCUGGAAUCUGAGAGAGGUCUGCAAGCUACAGCCCGGUGUGCCGCUCAAGCCCAUGCUUGCGAAGCCCACAAAGUCGAUUGGCGAGGUGCUCGACCGCUUCGAAGGCAAGGAUUUCACGUGCGAGUUCAAGUACGAUGGCGAACGUGCGCAGAUACAUUUCGUUGCACACGAUGCUGAUGAAGACUACGCGUCAACGGUUGCUCCGUCAGAAGGCAAGUCUGAGCGUGGCACAUCGAACAUCUUCUCUCGCAACAGCGAAGACCUGAGCAAGAAGUACCCCGACAUUCUGGCUAAGCUACCUGACUGGGUCAAGCAGGGUACGAAGAGUUUUGUUCUCGAUUGCGAGACCGUAGCGUGGGACGUCGAGAAGAAGCACGUUCUGCCCUUCCAACAGCUCAUGACCCGUAAGAAGAAAGACGUCAAGGUCGAGGAUGUCAAGGUCAAGGUGUGCGUCUUCGCCUUCGACCUCCUCUUCCUCAACGGCGAGGCUCUGGUCAACAAGUCCUUCCGCGAGCGCCGCGACUUGAUGUACGGCGCCUUCGAGGAAGUGGAAGGGGAGUUCUCCUUCGCCAAGUUCGGCAAUACGCGCGAGAUCGAAGAGAUCCAGACUCUCCUCGAAGACUCCAUCUCCGCUUCCUGCGAAGGCCUCAUGGUGAAGAUGCUAGACGGCGUCGAGUCCCACUACGAACCAUCCCGGCGCUCCCAGAACUGGCUCAAAGUUAAGAAGGACUACCUUUCCGGCGCCGGCGACUCUCUCGACCUCGUCGUGCUGGGCGCCUACUACGGCAAAGGCAAGCGUACAUCAGUCUACGGCGCCUUCCACCUCGCCUGCUACAACACGUCCACGGAGAAGUACGAGACCGUCUGCAACAUCGGCACCGGCUUCUCCGAAGUCCUGCUUCAGGAACUCUACGAGGCGCUCUCACCGCUCGUCAUCGAUCGCGCGAAGCCCUUCUACGACCAUUCGACCGGCAAGAACGACCAGCCGGACGUGUGGUUCGAGCCGCGCUAUGUUUGGGAAGUCAAGACGGCAGAUCUGACACUCAGUCCGCGUUACCGCGCCGCUGCUUCAGAGUUUGGUGGCGAUGGGGUGCACAAGGGUGUCAGUCUGCGCUUCCCGCGGUUCAUUCGCGUGCGGGAUGAUAAGAAGCCGGAUGCUGCGACGAGUAGUCGGCAGGUGGCGGAGAUGUACAGGAAGCAGGAGCAUGUGGGCAAGAACAAGGGUCCGUCGGUGGAUGAUGACUUCGAGUAUUGA